CGCUAAUGACCGCAGAAGCAGCGGCGGCUCCGCUCGUCUCAGUCUGGGUCCGGGAAGAUGAACGCGCCCCCCGCCUUUGAGUCGUUUCUGCUGUUCGAAGGAGAGAAAAAGAUCAGCAUCAGCAAGGACACCAAAGUCCCGAACGCCUGUCUGUUCACCCUGAACAAGGAGGACCACACGCUGGGCAACAUCAUCCGAGCUCAGCUGCUGAAGGAUCCUCAGGUUCUGUUCGCUGGUUAUAAAGUUCCUCAUCCUCUGGAGCAUAAGAUCGUCAUCAGAGUGCAGACAACACCUGACUACAGCCCACAGGAAGCGUUCACCAACUCCAUCACUGACCUGAUCAGCGAGCUGUCGCUGCUGGAGGAACGUUUCCGAGUCGCCAUCAAAGACAAGCAGGAAGGCAUCGAGUGACUACGCCCCCGUGAUGAUGUCACUGCUGAUUGUUUACUUUUCUAAAAAUAGUCUGUGAUGUCACCGUUUAUUAAUUUUCUAAAUAAAGACUGUGAUGUCA